UUAGUUGUUACGGAGAGCUCCAAUUUGAUCACUCCAAAACAAAAAAAAACACCAAUCCAAUCCAAUCCAAUCCAUCCAAUGGCUCUCAAGAUUCACCUCAAUUCCCCUUUCUUCUCCGCCUCGCCCGUCGCUCUCUUCUCUCACAAACUUGCCACCCGCGUCUCGUGCACCGGCGGCAGCGGCGGCAUCAGCGACGCAGCGCUGGCGUCGGAGUUGGCCGUGAAGGCGGCGAGAAUCAACGCCCAUGUGGUGAAGGCGGAGGAGGCCAUGCGGAAGAGCAGAAAGCUCCUCUUCGUGGAGGUGUGCGAGUACAUGGGCCUGAACGAAGACGAGGCCCAACAGAAAUGGAGCAAGAUGGAGGAAGACGAGAAAUGGGUCUUAGUGAAAGGGUUUCUCGCUGGGUGGGGUGCACAUUUUCAUCCCUUGUCCGCGAGGUCUACCAAAGAGAUGUUGGAGGAAUAUAUAAGACAGGGGAACGCACCGCCACCCAAGUCUUCUGCUUCUUCUUUCCUCUUUUCCGGACUCAACAGAAUAAUUGGCUUUCAGUAGAAACUUACUCUCUGUAUUUUUUAUUUUACAAAAUUAGCAGAAAAAUAACUAGUACUGUCAGCAAUCAUACAAGAAAUGCAUUUCCUGCACUUGUGAUCCCAUGGAUGACAUUUUUUUAAGUUUGUUUAUUUUUUGUUAUGCAACAAAUUUUGAAGGGUUAUCGGAAA